CCGCCGCGGCCGCGGAUGCAGGGGCUGGCGGGGCGCCAGCGGCACCGGCGCGGGUUGCAUCAGAAGCGGAGCCGGCUCUGUGCUCGCCGGGCGGCCGAGGGAGCCGGGGGCCCGGCGACACUCCGAAGGAUGCUGCGGACAGCCCCCCGGCUGCUGCGGACCAUCUGCACCACGGCCGCGGCUUAUCAACAUAAACUAAAGCUAGCCCUUAUAGGUCAAAGUAUUUUUGGACAAGAAGUUUAUAGCAAGCUGAGAAAAGAGGGGCAUAAAGUUGUGGGCGUAUUCACAGUGCCUGACAAGAAUGGACAAGCUGAUCCUUUGGCACUGGCAGCGGAGAAGGAUGGCACUCCUGUUUUUAAGUUCCCCAGAUGGAGAGCUAAAGGCAAGCCUAUCCAGGAAGUAGUUGCAGCCUACAAAUCAGUUGGAGCAGAGUUAAAUGUCCUUCCGUUCUGUACACAGUUCAUCCCCAUGGAUGUUAUUGACUGCCCAAAACAUGGGUCUAUUAUUUACCAUCCAUCCAUCCUACCACGCCACCGAGGAGCUUCUGCAAUCAACUGGACUUUAAUUCAAGGAGAUAAGAAAGCAGGAUUUACUAUUUUUUGGGCUGAUGAUGGUUUGGACACUGGACCAAUACUUCUGCAGCGAGAAUGUGAUGUUGGCCAAAAUGAUACUGUGGAUGACCUAUACAACCGGUUUCUCUUCCCAGAAGGCAUAAAGGCUAUGGUGGAAGCUGUACAUCUAAUUGCUGAUGGUAAAGCCCCUCGUAUACCUCAGCCUAAAGAAGGGGCCACAUACGAAGGGAUCCAGAAAAAGGAAAAUGCAGAGAUCUCUUGGGACCAACCUGCAGCGGCUUUGCACAAUUGGAUUCGAGGACAUGAUAAAGUGCCUGGAGCGUGGACAACAAUAGAUGGCCAGGUGGUUACAUUUUACGGGUCAUCAUUAUUUGAUGCUUCAGUGCCUGCUGGACAAGAGCUGGCAAUAAAAGGUGCUUCAAGACCUGGACUUGUAACCAAGAAUGGUCUAGUCGUUUUUGGAAAUGAUGGGAAGAUGGUACUAGUGAGAAAUCUGCAGUUCGAAGAUGGAAAAAUGAUCCCUGCAUCUAAAUACUUCUCUGCUGAUGAAACAACUGCCCUGGAACUUACAGAGGAGGAGAAAAAGAUGGCAGAAGAUAUUAGGGCUAUUUGGAAGGGAAUUUUAACCAAUGUUGCUGCAAUUGAGAAUUCGACAGACUUCUUCAAAUCUGGGGCAUCCUCUAUGCAUGUUGUCAGAAUGCUAGAAGAGAUCAAACAGAAAUAUAGUGGACUUCAACUACAGAAUGAAGAUGUGUAUAUGGCCACUAAAUUUGCAGAUUUUAUUCAAAUGGCUGUCAGAAAAUUCAGAGGAGAAGACAAAGAGGAAGAGUUAGUAAUUGAUUAUGUUUCAAAAGAUAUUAACAACAUGACUGUGAAUAUGCCAUACCAGUGUUUCAUAAAUGGACAAUUUAUAAAUGCUGAUGAUGGAAAAACAUAUGACACUAUAAAUCCAGCAGAUGGAUCAAUAAUAGCCAGUGUAUCUUCUGCUUCACUGGCUGAUGUUGACAAGGCAGUGGCAGCAGCAAAGGAGGCAUUUGAAAAUGGUGAAUGGGGAAGAAUGAAUGCAAGGGAAAGAGGGCAACUCAUGUACAGACUUGCAGACCUGAUGGAAGAACAUCAAGAAGAGUUAGCAACAAUAGAGUCUCUUGACUCAGGAGCUGUCUACACUUUAGCUUUGAAGACUCAUAUUGGAAUGUCUGUGCAAACAUUCAGAUACUUCGCUGGAUGGUGUGACAAAAUUCAGGGUGCUACCAUUCCAAUUAAUCAGGCCAGGCCAAACCAUAAUCUAACAUUCACCAAGAAAGAGCCAUUAGGUGUCUGUGCAAUUAUUAUCCCCUGGAAUUACCCACUGAUGAUGCUUGCCUGGAAGAGCGCAGCAUGCUUGGCUGCAGGCAACACGCUUGUACUCAAGCCAGCUCAGGUCACACCUCUGACUUCCUUGAAGUUUGCAGAACUCUCAGCUAAAGCUGGAUUUCCUAAGGGCGUUAUAAAUAUUCUGCCUGGUUCAGGUGGCUUAGUGGGACAGCACCUGUCUGAACAUCCAGAUGUUCGCAAAGUUGGAUUCACUGGUUCAACACCAACUGGUAAACAGAUCAUGAAGAGUGCAGCUGCUAAUCUGAAGAAAGUUUCUCUUGAACUUGGUGGUAAAUCACCAUUGAUCAUAUUCAGCGACUGUGAACUUGACAGAGCUGUAAAAAUGGGUAUGGGAGCAGUAUAUUUCAACAAAGGAGAAAACUGCAUUGCUGCUGGCAGGUUGUUCGUGGAAGAAUCAAUCCAUGAUGAGUUUGUUAGUAAAGUGGUUGAAGAAAUAAAAAAGAUGAAAAUUGGUGACCCACUUGACAGAUCUACAGAUCAUGGUCCACAAAAUCACAAGGCACAUUUGGAAAAGCUGCUGCAAUACUGUGAAACUGGAGUUAAAGAAGGAGCCACUCUUGUGUACGGAGGAAGACAAGUAUGUAGACCAGGUUUCUUCAUGGAACCCACUGUAUUCACAGAUGUUGAAGACCAUAUGUAUAUUGCCAAGGAAGAGUCCUUUGGUCCUGUGAUGGUGAUUUCUAAGUUUAAAAACGGAGAUGUCGAUGGAGUAUUGCGACGGGCAAACGCCACAGAAUAUGGCUUAGCUUCAGGAGUUUUCACAAAAGACAUAAGCAAAGCUCUCUACAUCAGUGAAAAGCUAGAAGCUGGAACAGUUUUUAUUAACACAUAUAACAAAACUGAUGUGGCAGCACCAUUUGGUGGAUUUAAGCUGUCUGGCUUUGGGAAAGAUUUAGGUGAAGAAGCUCUUCAUGAAUAUCUCAGAACCAAGGCUGUCACUGUGGAAUAUUAACGUAACAGCUUCACUUGGGAAGUAAACUUUCAGCAGAGUUUGAAUCUUGAUGACUACAUGAAGCACUCAACACCAUGCCUAGGAUAUGCUGUCUGCAGUGCUACAACUAAGCAAACAAAACAAAACACUCAUUCCAUGGAUAAAUUUCUAUAAAUCGAAUCCAAACUUUAGUCUCACUGACAGAUAAAGGCUUUUUGAAAUUACCCUGAAAUUAUUUAAAUUAUGCAGCAGCAACAGUUGGUAGCACAAUUCCUGCCUCCCCCCCCAAAAAAAACCCCUAGAACAUGAUUCAGUUUUUUUUAAUAGAACUGAAGAAUGAGUUCUCACAUGCCUACUUUGUAUUUCUGUGACAUAAUACUUACAUGACCAUUUUAAAUCAUUAGUCAUUAGGUUUGAACUAAAAUAUACUGAUUAUGCCAUUUUUGCUAUAAAUCAGUUCAAGUUUUACAGUAGCAAUUAAACACUCUGCUCUGGUGAUUCUUCAGCAGUACAAAAACCUUUGUGCCAUACAUAAAUCAAUGCAAGAAAGUGCACUUACUAUGAUCUUUGUAUAGUACAUACAGAGUUCAACAUUGGUGUUAAACUAUGCAUAUCAAGCUAAAGUUACUGAAAAUAUUUUCUACCUUUUUGUUGAUACAGAAUGUGUGAUCUGUCUGCAAUUUGAAAGGUGAUUACAUUAACAGAUUAAAAUCACUUCUUGUGUUGUGCA